AUGGGCAAUGCAUACGCCUACUUGGGCCUCAGAUCGCCCGACCGCGUCCCGGACGGUUCAGUGCCACCGCCGCCGCAGCAGACCGGCCCAUCGACCGCCCGCCUCUUGCACGCGAUCAACCACAACGGUAUGCUGACCGAUGCGCGGCUCGAUGCCAUCGAGCGGUCGAACAACUACACGCGUGCGCUCACCACGGCGCUCGAUGCUCGCGUGCGAGAGCUCCAGACAGCCCUGCAGACCACAAACGCCCGUGGCGCCCGUGUGGAUGCCCUCGAGAUUCAGGUCUUCAACCGCACAUUCCCAAACGCGCGCCACGGCGGUUCGGCCCUCGGCCGCACGGAGCGCCUCGCCAACCGCCUCGCCAACCGGGUCGCGGCCCUCGAGCGAGGGGCGAUGACCAUCCGUGUCGGCGUCGUCGUCGGCGCACGCUGGACCGAGGUGACGGACGACUCCGAGACGGAGUCCACAGACCACGAGUAG